AUGGGGAGGGGGACGGGGACGGACAGACGGGGACGGGGACGGACAGACGGGGACGGGGACGGACAGACGGAGACAGGGACGGACGGACGGGGACGGACAGACGGGGAUGGGGACGGGGACGAACAAACGGGGACGGGGACGGACAGACGGGGACGGGAAUGGACAGACGGGGGCGGGGGCGGACAGACGGAGACAGGGACGGACGAACGGGGACGGUCAGAUGGGGUCGGGGACGGGGACAGACAGACGGGGACGGUGACGGACAGAUGGGGACAGGGACGGACAGACGGGGACGGGGACGGACAGACGUGGACGGGACGGAUAGACGGGGACGGACAGACGGGGACGGGGACGGGGACGGACAGACAGGGACGGGUACGGACACCGGAGACAGGGACGGACAGACGGGGACGGGGAUGGACAGACGGGGAUGCUGCCGGACAGACAGGGACGGACAAAUGGGGACAGGGACGGACAGACGGGGACGGGGACGGACAGACGGAGACAGGGACGGACAAACGGGGACGGACAGAUGGGGACGCGGACGGGGACGGACAGACGGGGACGGGGACGGACAGAUGGGGACGGGGACGGACAGACGGGGACGGGGACGGACAGACGGGGACGGGGACGGACAGACGGAGACAGGGCCGGACAGACGGGGACGGGGACGGACAAACGGGAACGGGGACGGACAGACUGGGACGGGGACGGGCAGACGGGGACGCGCCCGGACAGACGGGGACGGACAAACGGGGACGGGGCGGACAGACGGGGACGGGGACGGAUAGACGGGGACAGGGACGGACAGACGGGGACGGGGACGGACAGACGGGGACGGGGAUGGACAGACGGGGACGGGGACGGACAGAUGGGGAAGGGGACGGGGACGGACAGACGGGGAUGGGGACGGGGACGGACAGACGGGGACGGGGUCUGACAGAUUGGGACGGGGAUGGACUGACGGGGACGGGGACGGGGACGGCGACGGACAGACAGGGACGGGGACGGACAGACGGGGCCGGACAGACGGUGACGGACAGACGGAGACAGGGACGGACAGACGGGGACGGGGACGGGGACGGACAGACGGGGACGGGGACGGGGACGGGGACGGACAGACGGGGACGGACAGACGGGGACGGACAGACGGGGACACGGACGGGGACGGGGACGGGGACGGACAGACGGGGACGGACAGAUGGGGACGGACAGACGAAGACGGGGACGGACAGACGGGAACGGCGUCAGACGGAUUGGGACGGGGACGGACAGACGGGGACGGGGACGGACAAACGGGGACGGGGACGGACAGACGGGGACGCAGGCGGACAGACGGGGACGGAUAAACGGGGACGGGGACGGACAGAUGUGGACAGGGACGGAGAGACGGGGACGGGGACGGACAGACGGGGACGGGGACGGACAGACGUGGAUGGACAAACGGGGACGGGGACGGGAACGGACAGACGGGGACGGGGACGGACAGACGGGGACGGGGACGGACAGACGGGGACGGGGUCAGACAGAUUGGGACGGGGACGGACUGACGGGGACAGGGACAGUGACUGA